CCCCCUCUCUCUCCUCCCGUCAGUGCUGGAUUCAGAGAGGGGACACAGGAAGUCACAUGAUGUACAUGUGACUGUGCAGUGUGCACUGUCUGGAGGAGCAAGGCAAGCUGUCAUCAUGAGAAAAGGAGCAGCCAGCCUGUAGCAGCCUGUAUCUCUAGCAACAAGCCACAGAAGAGCUGAGACAGCUUCCAAUUAAAGCCGGGCAGCAGAAUACACACACCAAAGUCAGCAUGGAGCACAACAAAGAGUGUCUCAUAAACAUUUCAAAGUACAAAUUUUCUCUGGUCAUAAGUGGACUUACACACAUUUUAAAAAAUGUAAACAACAUGAGAAUAUUUGGAGAAGCCGCUGAAAAAAAUUUAUAUUUGUCGCAGCUCAUUAUAUUGGACACACUGGAAAAAUGUCUUGCCGGACAACCGAAAGACUGUAUGCGCUUGGAUGAGACGAUGCUGGUAAAACAACUGCUACCUGAGAUAUGCCAUUUUAUUCACACACACAGAGAGGGCAACCAACAUGCAGCCGAGCUCCGGAUUUCUGCAUCUGGAGUAUUGUUUUCAUUAAGCUGCAAUAACUUUAAUGCAGUUUUCAGUCGAAUUUCUACAAGGCUGCAGGAACUGACCGUUUGUUCAGAGGACAAUGCUGAUGUUCAUGAUAUAGAUUUGAUUCAGUACAUUAAUGUGGACUGCGCAAAACUUAAAAGGCUUUUACAAGAGACCGUUUUCAAAUUUAAAUCUCUGAAGAAGGUGGCUCAGCUGGCGGUAAUCAACAGUCUUGAAAAGGCAUUUUGGAAUUGGGUAGAAAAUUAUCCUGAUGAAUUUACAAAGUUGUAUCAGAGACCUCAGUCCGAUAUGGCAGACUGUGCAGAGAAACUAUUUGAUCUUGUGGACAGUUUUGCUGAAAGCAACAAGCGAAAAGUAGCAGUGUGGCCUUUGCAGAUAAUUUUACUCGUUCUGUGUCCUGAAAUUAUCCAGGAUAUUUCCAAGGAAGUUGUGGAAGAAAACAAAAUGAACAAGAAAUUGUUUCUUGAAAGCCUCAGGAAAGCUUUAACUGGGCAUGGCGUUGGAAAACCACUGACAGAGAGUGCUGCAAUUGCGUGUGUCAAGUUGUGCAAGGCAUCCACAUAUGUGAACUGGGAGGAUCAUUCUGUCAUAUUCCACCUUGUUCAGUCAUUAGUUAUUGACUUGAAGAAUUUGCUCUUCAAUCCCAGCAAGCCCUUCUCUAGAGGGGCAGGAAACCAGAAUGCGGAUGUGGACCUUAUGAUUGACUGCCUAGUUUCUUGCUUUAGGAUCAACCCUCACAACAACCAGCAUUUCAAAAUCUGCCUGGCACCACCCUCACCUUCAACAUUUCAUUAUGUGCUGGUAAACUCUCUGCACAGAAUUAUCACAAAUUCUGCCCUAGAUUGGUGGCCCACAAUUGAAGCCGUAUAUUGCUACUCAGGAGAACUCCGCAGCAUGUUUGCUGAAACACUCAAAAUUGUCAUGCAGUUACAUACAGCAAUCCGUCUGACGCCGUGUGCUGGAAUUUUUCCUCAGAGUCUUACCUUUAAAGAGAAAAUGCCAUACCUUAAGUUUAAAGAGAAACCUACAGACCUGGAAACUAGAAGUUAUAAAUACUUGUUACUGGCUCUGGUUAAACUCAUCCAUGGAGACCCAAAGCUGCUAUUGUAUAACUCUGGAAAAGCUGGGCCUGACACACAGAACAGUACCGCAGAGUUAAUUAAUGGAUUGGUGCAGCUUGUCCCACAGACGAACAUGCCCGAGAUAGCCCAAGAAGCCAUGGAGGCAUUGUUGGUCUUGCAUCAGUCUGACAGCAUUGAGCUUUGGAACCCUGAUGCACCAAUAGAGACAUUUUGGGAAAUAAGCUCACAAAUGAUUUUUUACAUCUGUAAGAAAUUGACGGGGCACCAGAUGCUAAACAGCACAGAAGUCUUGAAAUGGCUGCGAGAAAUUCUGAUCUGCAGAAAUAAAUUUCUACUUAAAAAUAAGGAAAAUGCUGCAGCUGGAAGUGGAAUCCCAAUAUGCCGUCAAGCCCACACUAAACUGGAGGUUGCCCUGUACAUGUUUCUCUGGAGUCCAGACAUAGAGGCAGUUCUAGUGGCAAUGUCCUGUUUCCGAAGCCUGUGUGAGGAGGCAGACAUCCGGUGUGGCGUUGAUGAAGUUUCUGUCCACAAUUUCUUGCCAAAUUACAACACCUUCAUGGAGUUUGCGUCUGUAAGCAACAUGAUGUCAACUGGCCGAGCAGCUCUACAGAAGCGAGUCAUGGCCUUACUGAGGAGAAUAGAACAUCCCACUGCUGGAAACACGGAGGCAUGGGAAGAUACUCAUGCAAAGUGGGAGCAAGCAACAAAGCUGAUUCUAAACUUUCCAAAGACUAAAUUGGAAGAUGGGCAGGUUACGGAGAGCCUUCAUAAGACCAUUGUGAAGAGACGUAUGUCUCAUGUAAGCGGAGGAGGUUCUAUAGAUCUGGCUGACACAGACUCUCUACAGGAGUGGAUUAAUAUGACUGGUUUCCUUUCUGCUCUUGGUGGAGUCUGCCUGCAACAUCGCAGUAAUGUGGGACUGGUGACUUACAGUCCACCCAUGGGCCCUGUUAAUGAGCGCAAAGGCUCUGUUAUAUCAAUGGUAUCUACCGAGGGCAAUGCAGAAACCCCUGUCAGCAAGUUUCUUGAUCGGCUUCUCUCUUUGAUGGUCUGCAACAAUGAGAAAGUUGGUAUUCAGAUUCGUACAAACAUUAAAGACUUGGUUGGUUUAGAGUUAAGUCCUGCUUUGUAUCCAAUGCUCUUUAACAAAAUGAAGAACAACAUCAGCAAGUUCUUUGACUCCCAAGGGCAGGUCUUGCUCAAUGAUACCAAUACCCAGUUUGUUGAACAGACAAUUACCAUACUGAAGAACUUGCUUGAUAAUCAUACAGAAGGCAGUUCUGAACACUUGGGACAAGCAAGCCUUGAGACCAUGAUGCUAAAUCUUGUCAGAUAUGUUCGUGUACUGGGGAACAUGGUGCAUGCCAUUCAGAUCAAAACAAAGCUGUGUCAGCUGGUAGAAGUGAUGAUGGAACGAAGGGAUGAUCUUUCUUUCUGCCAAGAAAUGAAGUUUAGAAACAAGAUGGUGGAGUAUUUGACUGACUGGGUAAUGGGAACAUCUAAUCAAGCUGCAGAUGAGGAUGUCAAAUGCCUUACAAGAGACCUGGAUCAGGCAAGCAUGGAGGCUGUGGUAUCUCUUCUUGCAGGGUUACCUCUUCAGCCAGAGGAAGGAGAUGGAGUAGAAUUAAUGGAAGCCAAAUCCCAGUUAUUCCUGAAAUAUUUCACCCUUUUCAUGAACUUGCUGAAUGACUGCAGUGAGGUGGAAGACGAUGGCACCCAGACUGGUGGUAGAAAGAGAGGCAUGUCACGGCGAUUGGCUUCCUUAAGACAUUGCACAGUCUUGGCUAUGUCUAAUCUCUUAAAUGCCAAUGUGGAUAGUGGCCUUAUGCACUCAAUAGGUCUUGGUUACCAUAAGGAUCUCCAGACAAGAGCUACAUUUAUGGAAGUGCUAACAAAAAUUCUGCAGCAGGGAACAGAGUUUGACACAUUAGCUGAAACUGUCUUGGCUGAUCGCUUUGAGAGACUGGUGGAAUUGGUCACCAUGAUGGGUGAUCAAGGAGAAUUACCUAUUGCCAUGGCUCUAGCCAAUGUGGUUCCCUGCUCCCAGUGGGAUGAACUUGCACGUGUCCUUGUGACGCUGUUUGAUUCUCGUCAUCUCCUGUAUCAGCUACUGUGGAACAUGUUCUCUAAAGAAGUCGAGCUAGCAGACUCCAUGCAGACGCUCUUCAGAGGAAAUAGCUUGGCUAGUAAAAUCAUGACAUUUUGUUUUAAGGUUUAUGGAGCCACUUACCUUCAGAAGCUUUUGGAACCGCUGCUGAGAAUAAUUAUUGCGUCUCCUGAGUGGCAGCAAGUCAGUUUUGAGGUCGACUCUACAAGGUUGGAUGGGGUGGAAGUGCUUGAAGAAAACCAGCGUUGGCUUCUACAGAUGACUGAGAAAUUCUUUCAUGCCAUUAUAAACUCCACGCAUGAGUUCCCUACUCAGCUGCGCAGUGUGUGUCAUUGUUUGUACCAGGCAACUUGCCACUCCCUACUGAAUAAAGCUACCGUAAAAGAAAAAAAGGAAAACAAAAAAUCAGUUGUAAGCCAGAGGUUUCCACAGAACAGCAUUGGUGCAGUGGGAAGUGCCAUGUUCCUUCGGUUCAUUAAUCCGGCAAUUGUGUCACCCUACGAGGCAGGGAUACUGGAUAAGAAGCCACCACCAAGGAUAGAACGCGGCUUGAAGUUAAUGUCUAAGAUUCUCCAGAGUAUUGCAAAUCACGUCUUGUUUACGAAAGAGGAGCACAUGCGCCCUUUUAAUGAAUUUGUUAAAAGUAACUUUGACGCUGCACGAAGGUUCUUCUUUGAUAUUGCAAAUAACUGUCCUCCAAGCGACACAGUUAAUCACAGCCUCUCCUUUAUUACUGAUGGGAAUGUACUUGCCUUACAUCGGUUGCUUUGGAACAAUCAGGAGAAGAUUGGACAGUAUCUUUCCAGUAACCGAGACCACAAAGCUGUCGGUAGGAGACCGUUUGACAAAAUGGCAACUCUACUUGCCUACCUUGGGCCCCCAGAACAUAAACCAGUGGCUGACACACACUGGUCAAGUCUGAAUCUCACAAGUUCAAAAUUUGAAGAAUUUAUGACCAGACAUCAGGUACAUGAGAAGGAAGAAUUUAAAGCAUUAAAAACACUAAAUAUAUUCUACCAAGCAGGGACAUCAAAGGCUGGAAAUCCUGUUUUCUACUAUAUUGCAAGACGGUUCAAGACUGGUCAAAUAAACGGUGAUUUACUGAUCUACCAUGUUCUGUUGACUUUAAAGCCAUAUUAUGCCAAGCCAUAUGAGAUAGUGGUAGAUCUCACUCACGCUGGGCCCAGCAAUCGCUUCAAGACAGACUUCCUUUCUAAAUGGUUUGUGGUUUUCCCUGGCUUCGCUUAUGAAAAUGUUACUGCAGUCUAUAUCUACAACUGUAACUCCUGGGUGAGGGAAUAUACAAAGUACCAUGAGAGACUAUUAACUGGUCUGAAAGGCAGCAAGAGGCUAAUUUUCAUUGAUCCAUCAGGAAAGUUAGCUGAGCACAUAGAGCAUGACCAGCAGAAACUCCCAGCUGCCACACUUGCUUUAGAAGAGGACCUGAAGCUAUUCCAUAAUGCACUUAAACUGGCCCACAAAGAUACUAAGGUGUCUAUAAAAGUGGGUUCCACAGCUGUCCAGGUCACUUCAGCUGAGAGGACGCGGGUUCUGGGGCAGUCCGUGUUUCUGAAUGAUAUAUACUAUGCGUCUGAGAUUGAAGAAAUCUGUUUAGUGGAUGAAAAUCAGUUUACACUAACUAUUGCCAACCAAGGAACACCUCUCACAUUCAUGCAUCAGGAGUGUGAAGCCAUUGUACAAUCUAUAAUUCACAUACGGACUCGAUGGGAACUGUCACAGCCAGAUUCCAUCCCCCAACACACUAAGAUACGUCCAAAGGAUGUUCCGGGAACACUACUUAACAUUGCAUUACUCAACCUAGGAAGUUCUGAUCCAAGUCUACGGUCUGCUGCCUAUAACCUUCUGUGUGCCUUAACUUGUACCUUUAAUUUAAAAAUUGAAGGGCAGUUACUGGAGACUUCGGGUCUAUGUAUCCCAGCCAACAAUACUCUUUUCAUAGUCUCCAUUAGCAAAACCCUGGCAGCUAAUGAACCACACCUUACUCUGGAGUUUUUGGAAGAGUGCAUUUCUGGUUUCAGCAAAUCUAGCAUUGAAUUGAAACAUUUAUGUCUUGAAUACAUGACACCUUGGUUGCUGAAUCUUGUCCGGUUCUGUAAACUAACUGAUGAUGCUAAGAAACAACGUGUUAGUGCUAUAUUGGACAAGCUAAUAACCAUGACCAUAAAUGAAAAACAGAUGUAUCCUUCCAUACAAGCAAAAAUAUGGGGCAGUCUGGGGCAGAUCACGGAUCUCCUUGAUGUUGUUCUUGACAGCUUCAUUAAAACCAGUGCAACAGGUGGACUGGGAUCCAUUAAGGCUGAGGUUAUGGCAGAUACAGCAGUUGCUUUGGCGUCUGGCAAUGUCAAGCUGGUUUCAAGCAAGGUGAUUGGGAGGAUGUGUAAAAUAAUAGACAAGACCUGCCUUUCUCCCACCCCAACGCUGGAGCAGCACCUCAUGUGGGAUGAUAUUGCCAUACUUGCCAGAUACAUGCUUAUGCUGUCCUUCAACAACUCCUUGGAUGUGGCUGCCCAUCUUCCCUACCUCUUCCAUGUUGUCACAUUAUUGGUGGCAACAGGUCCUCUCUCUCUCCGAGCUUCCACCCAUGGACUUGUAAUUAAUAUAAUUCACUCUUUGUGCACCUGCUCCCAGCUGCAUUUCAGUGAGGAAACAAAACAAGUGUUGCGGCUAAGCCUGACGGAGUUCUCCCUUCCCAAGUUCUACUUGCUGUUUGGAAUCAGUAAGGUGAAGUCUGCAGCAGUUAUAGCAUUCCGAUCAAGUUAUCGGGACCGCUCCUUUUCACCUGGCUCUUACGAGAGGGAGACGUUUGCCCUUACUUCAUUGGAAACCGUUACUGAAGCACUUUUAGAAAUCAUGGAGGCUUGUAUGAGAGAUAUCCCAACUUGCAAGUGGUUGGACCAGUGGACUGAGCUUGCUCAAAAGUUUGCAUUCCAGUAUAAUCCAUCACUUCAGCCACGAGCACUUGUUGUAUUUGGCUGUAUCAGCAAACGAGUUUCUCAUGGACAGAUAAAACAGAUCAUCCGAAUCCUAAGCAAGGGACUGGAAAGCUGCUUAAAAGGUCCUGAUAAUUACAAUAGCCAAGUCUUAAUAGAAGCCACUGUGAUAGCACUAACCAAACUACAGCCGCUUCUUAAUAAGGACUCUCCCAUGCACAAAGCUCUCUUUUGGGUGGCUAUGGCAGUAUUACAGCUGGAUGAGGUUAAUCUGUAUUCAGCGGGUACAGCUCUCCUGGAACAAAACCUGCACACAUUAGACAGCCUUCGAGUGUUUAAUGACAAGAGUCCAGAAGAGGUGUUCAUGGAAAUCCGUAAUCCUCUAGAGGAAUGGCAUUGUAAACAAAUGGACCAUUUUGUUGGCCUCAAUUUCAACUCUAACUUUAAUUUUGCACUAGUUGGGCACUUGUUGAAAGGUUAUCGUCACCCAUCUCCUACAACUGUGGCAAGAACCGUACGAAUCCUUCACACUCUGCUCGCGCUUGUAAAUAAACACAGGAAUUGUGAUAAAUUUGAAGUAAAUACUCAGAGUGUUGCUUACUUGGCAGCUUUGCUUACUGUGUCUGAAGAGGUGAGGAGCCGCUGUAGCUUGAAACACAGAAAAUCACUAUUGCUGACAGAUGUUUCAAUGGAAAAUGUUCCUAUGGAUACAUAUCUGAUGCACCACAGUGACCCCACCUGCAGGACAUUGAAGGAAAACCAGCCAUGGUCAUCUCCAAAAGGAUCUGGAAUGCAUCUUGCUGCGAGUUACCCUACAGUGGGACAAGUUAGCCCAAGGACCAGGAAGUCUAUGAGUCUGGACAUGGGGCAGCCAUCUCAAGCAAACACUAAAAAGCUCCUAGGUACAAGAAAAAGCUUUGACCAUUUAAUAUCUGACACUAAGGCUCCUAAAAGACCGGAAAUUGAAUCUGGCAUCACUACACCUCCAAAAAUGAGAAGAGUAGCAGAGAAUGAUUAUGAUAUUGAUACACCACGAAUAUCAUCCCCUCAGCAACAUCCGCACUUGCGUAAAGUAUCUGUUUCUGAGUCAAAUGUGCUCUUGGAUGAGGAGGUCCUAACGGAUCCGAAAACCCAAGCCCUGCUGCUGACUGUCCUUGCUACACUUGUAAAAUACACUACAGAUGAGUUUGAUCAACGCAUCCUUUACGAGUAUUUGGCUGAAGCCAGUGUUGUCUUCCCUAAAGUGUUUCCGGUGGUACACAAUUUAUUGGACUCUAAGAUCAACACCCUUUUAUCAUUGUGUCAGGAUCCAAAUUUAUUGAAUCCGAUACAUGGGAUAGUGCAAAGUGUGGUGUACCAUGAAGAGUCUCCUCCACAGUACCAGCCAUCUUACUUACAGAGUUUUGGAUUUAAUGGUUUGUGGAGGUUUGCUGGACCUUUUUCUAAGCAAACACAAAUCCCUGACUACGCAGAGCUCAUUGUAAAGUUUCUUGAUGCCUUGAUUGACAAAUACUUGCCUGUAAUUGAUGAAGAAGUCAGUGAGGAGUCUCUGCUAACACCCACAUCACCUUACCCUCCAGCUGUGCAGAGCCAGCUCAGUAUUACUGCUAACCUUAACCUAUCCAAUUCCAUGACCUCCCUUGCCACUUCUCAGCAUUCCCCAGCUUCUCUGCCUUGCUCUAAAUCUGCAGUUUUCAUGCAGCCACUCCCUCAUCCAGGGAUUGACAAGGAAAAUGUUGAACUCUCUCCAACCACCGGACACUCAAACAGCGGUAGAACGCGCCAUGGUUCAGCGAGCCAAGUGCAAAAGCAGAGAAGUGCUGGCAGCUUCAAACGUCACAGCAUCAAAAAGAUUGUGUGAAGAUUUUUUUAAUUCCCCUUUUUAUUUAUUUUACAGUUCCUUUUCUAAAACAGACUUUCCUAAGCGGUCAGCCCACCAGUGGCACUGCGCACAAUAUGAUGCUGCACUUAAUUUUCUUAACGUUCCCAUGCAGUCAGCCAUGUCGCCAGAAGAUCAACAUAUUGAAAGCAUUGCUUGAACUCAACGCUGUUUGGUUUCCGUAGUCCUUUCCUUUUUCAUUUUCCUAUCUCCAUCAAUUUAGGGAACCAUGGUCACAAGCAUAUUGGCAACUUGUGAAAUUCAGAAUGAAGGAUUUUGUAAUUAUGAUAAUGGUGGCCCUGCCUUUACUGCAUUAACUGUUUAAAUUUUGGUGGCAUUUUCACAAGUCCUUUUUUUGCCUUGUCUUUUUUUAUUACUAUUUGUGUUUGUUUUGUUUUGCAUUUAACACAAUGUUAAGGCUAAUCCUUUUCAGUGGCUUUGGUGGGAAAACAAUCUUAUUUAAAUUCUCCCCUUUAAAAACACUUUUAGCUGUGGAAUUUUUUUUACCUAUUUGCUUAAAAGUGAUUUCCUGAUCAGCAUAAAAUUGUUAUUGUUAUGGUACUUUCUUUAAGCAAACAUGAAUCAGUGUGUAAAAUGGGCCACUAUACCGAUUAGAUUUCUGGGUACUUGCAAUAAAUUUCUUAAAGUAAUUAUAUUUUUAUUCCUAUAACAAAUAUAUAUAUUCCAAACUUUGUUGCUUAUGCUGUUUAAUUAUAACAGCAUUACAUUCAUCUUAAAUGCACCAGUGAGUGAGUUCUGUCCUUAAAAUGCACUAUUUAUGAAAGGCAGAAUGUAUUAUGAAAUCAGUUAUUUUGAAAUGUUUUUUAUGUAAAUAUGUGUGUAUUAAUUUGACAAAAAACUAUGUCGUUUUCAAGGUAAAAUUUGUGGUAAGUGCAUUGGUUGCAUCUGAGUAGUAAAAGGGCUUUAACUCCUUUCUGCUAGGCGAUAGUUUCCUUAACCCUUUCAGAGGGGUGUUAAAAGAUUUCUUGCACUUCGGGCAUAAUCUUUGUUAAAGAGAGAUGCCCUCAAUAUGGUUGGGGCAUAAUUUGCAAUGAAAAAGAAAUGACAUUCACCCACUGGAAUGGUGCAAUGUUAUUUUUUUAUUUUAUUUUUAAAUGGCCUGGUUGGGGCCAGAUUAUGAAAUGGUACUAUUAAACUGACAUGGUGCUCCAGGUGUUGGCUAAGAUGAGCUGCAUCAUGAAUCACGCGAUGGAGCAGUCACAUUGAAGGUCUAAAGUUAUUUACAGAUCUCAUAGGCAGAAGCCUGUCAAAAUGUUGAUCUUUCCUGUGUACAUAGUACAGUAAGUAUAAAAUUUCAGAUCCCUUAUCCUUACUAGUGCUGGCUCUUUAAAAAAAAAUAUACCUAUAUUUAUCUUGUUUAGUUAUUUGUAUUUGAAAUUUCUGGUUAUUUUGUUUUUUACCCCAAAAAGAAUAAAAAACAGUUUAGGGAUUUCCCUUUAAAGUUGACCAGGAUUUCCAGAAAAUGGCUUUAGAGUGAAUUAUAUUUACCUUAAUAGACUUUGUAGAGAGGUCAUACAAGUUAAAGUGAAUGCAAGUUCUAUCACUGUGAAAGAUUGAAGUCUGAAUUAGCGUGAAGUAUUAAGUGACUGCCUAAUAAUUUCAUAUGUUCUUUUAUAUGACGUGCCACCACAACAAAGCAGAGACUACAAAGCAAUUACUUUUCUGCUGUAAACAUAGGCGAUUGCUCCAGUACAUUCUUAACGGAGAAAAACCAUCCUUUUUGACAGAUUUGAGCAAAAGGGAAAGAGACAUAGGUGCUUGUCUUUAGGGCUUAAAUAUAUUUACCGCUUAACGUAUGUAUACAUAAACACUUAGAUGCUACUCAACAACUUAGGUCUUGGACUAAAACCCAAGAAUGGCUUUAAAAUAAAAUACAAAAUAUAAUUCUAUGUAAUAAACCUAUAGAGUGAUUUUAAGUGUAUUUCAGUAAAUCAAACUCCACAGCUAAACAAAUAGAAAUAAUGGUACAAAUAAGUGUUGGGAUUUAAUAUAGCACAUAAUCUGCAUUUAUUCACAUUAUAAAUGGUAAUUCACAGAUGUAAAUAAAAAACAAAAAUGUCUUAUUUUGUUUUCUGACAUUGUGAUUUUGUUUCCUUUGUUUACAGUCCUGGAAAAAAACUGUGGACAGAAACCUAUUAUGCAAAUAGUCUGCCAAAAUCCCAGUGUACUUCUGUUUAGCUAUUUUCCAGUAGCGGAUGUUAAUGAGGUGACCUGCACAAUACACUCAUAUUCACAUGAAUGUAUGUGUGCUGAACGGUCAUCAUGGGUUUUAUAAUAAUUGUACUGGCUCAAUAUAGCAUGAGCUAAUUCAGUAUGCACAUCAGAGAUUUUGUAAUAUCGAAAAUCCGUAGCAUUUGCAUAUACUUGUGUUCCUUAAUUCCUUCUGUCAAUUUAAGUUACUAUAGUUUUCAAUACAGAAUCAUCCCAGUUCCACCUUUUUUUCCUUGUAUGUUGUUGGACACGACUGUUCCACAAGGCAUAUUUACUUGAAGUCUUCAAAGAUUAAGACAAGUUCUGCAUUCAUGUCUCCUUUGGUGUAUGUACGGCAUAGGGGCUGGCUGUGGCAAUCUGUUGCUCUCCAGCUGCAUUUGAAUUCUAAAUCCCAGCAUGCACUAGCUAACUCUUGAUGUUUCUAUAUGUAGAGGUUUCCAUAUGCUUUGAACUAUGCCAUCUUUUUGGUGUAAAAAAUAUGCAAGUCCUAGAAACCAUACACAAUAUUACUUUAUUUAUUAAACAAGUUACAUUAAAAUACCGUAAGAGCCAUGUUGAAGUUUUUGUCUUCAUUAUUAUAAUAAGACAAGAGCACCACUCUUCUGUCUUAAGUGCCACACCAUGUUUUUUUUCUUAAAGCUUUUCUCAGAACACAGUCUUGUCAGUGCAAUUGGAAAACAUGUCCCUAAAAUACUACAGUGCUAUACUUUAUGUAGUAUUACAGUUGUAUUAAUAUGGCUAGUAAUAUUUCAUUCAAGUGAUACCAAUUUCAGUAUUCUACCUGGUGAAGACGGUAUCUUAAAAAUAUAUAUUUUCAGUUUCACGGAAGGGUUAUUUGCAUAUUUUAUGUACACACUAAUUUAAUAUUAAAGGACUGCACUGUUGAGUAUUCCUUAUCCAGAAUUCAAAAUCACACAUUUUUGGUUCCCCUACUGAGAUAAUGACACAUAUAUAUAUAUAUAUAUAUAUAUAUAUAUAUAUAUAUAUAUUUAUAUUAUAUUAUAUAUCUAUAUAAUAUAUCUAUAUAUACACUUAAUAUAUAAUAUGUAUGUCAUUAUCUCAGUAGGGAUACUUAACCUGUAAUAUGUAAAUUUGAUUCUGAAAAACGCAGAAAAUAUUGUCUCCCCUGUAUAGUGACCAGGUGAAAGAGGGCAGGAAUGGAAACCAAUUUGUAUUCAUUUGUCUGCUUGUUCCAGAUCAAGCAGAUAUAUCCCUAUCGGUAGCUGUGGGUGAUUGCACUUAUGCCUCAUUUUAGUAAGUUGGCCUCUUAGCCAUCUGGAAUUGCUUGUAUCUCUGAUGUGCAUAUUUGCCUCAAUAUAUAUUUGUGUUCAUGAACCUGAAUAAUUUCCUUUUGUGGAUAUGGGCAGUCUAUAUGGUUUUUAACAUUAAGUUUUAGGCAGUUUUUCUUCCCCUCCUCUUAAGCAUGUCUUGUCCAAUGUUAUGCAACCGACUUUGCCACAAAAAGUCACUUUUAAGUGUUAGCAACAUUACUUUUUUAAUGCAGUACAUUCAUCUGUAAAUAUUUUUUGUGUAAAAUUUGACAGAAAAGUAUAUUUACUACACUGUAAAUACAUGUGACAAUAUAUUGUAUUAUUUUGCUUUUUUGUAAAGCAGUUAGUUGCUGUACAUGUAUAACAUACAAAAUUUGAUUAUUCUAGUGUUAGUAAUUGUUAACUUCUCUCCUUCCUGCUGUUGAGUAUGUCAUUUAAAUGAAGAGAAAAAUGAUGCUGUGUACUACAAACUCUCACUGUGUAUGAUAUAUUAUUUUCAGGCCAUACAAUUUCAAAUGUUACUUUACUCACUAUCCUGUUAAUAUUGUAAGCAAGUGUAUGCCAGCAGGAAUAAAACUGCCACCGCCAGACAACCUGGCACCUAGAUACAAUUAUCAGAUAUGAUUUAUCAUAACUGUUCUCUUCCCCAAUGUUCCCUUAUGUAUGUACAUCCCCUUUUUUGAAGUAAAAUGUAAAUUCAACCUGC